UAAAGCAAAUGCUCAGCAGCGGAUGUUUCCAUGGGAGCGCGCAGACUUAUGGGUAAUGCAAGGUGCAGGCGGUACAGCGGCACGCUGAAGAACGACAAGAAAUUGCUUCCGCAGUUCAGUUAGCAGGCGAGGUUAAAUGCUGUGUAAGUGUACGCUGUCGGAAUCUCCUUUUUUAAGUAACAGUGUUUUUGCUAAGUGUCGCAGUAUGAGUCUGAACGAGCAUUCCCUGCAAGCGCUGUCCUGGAGAAAGCUGUACCUGAGUCGAGCUAAACUGAAGGCUUCCAGUCGGACCUCGGCUCUGCUGUCUGGAUUUGCUAUGGUGGCUAUGGUAGAAGUGCAGCUGGACAACAGCUACCCCUACCCACCUGCGCUCCUUAUUGCCUUCAGUGCCUGCACCACUGUGCUCGUAGCCGUUCACCUGUUCGCUCUGAUGGUCAGCACCUGCAUUUUACCCAACAUAGAGGCCGUGAGCAACGUCCACAAUCUCAACUCGGUGAAGGAGUCCCCACAUGAGCGAAUGCACCGGCACAUUGAGCUGGCGUGGGCGUUUUCCACAGUCAUUGGCACUUUGCUCUUCCUGGCAGAGGUGGUUCUACUCUGCUGGGUUAAGUUUUUGCCCAUCAAGCCCAACAAAUCCAGCAACAGCACAGUUUCCUCCGGAGUGGCUGCUGCCAUUACCUCCACCUCCAUUAUGGUGCCCUUUGGUUUGGUUUUCAUAGUCUUCGCUGUGCAUUUCUAUCGCUCCUUGGUGAGCCACAAGACUGACAGACAGUUUGAGGAGCUGGAGGAGCUCUCCAACCUCACCAGGCUACAGAAUGAGCUCGAUAACAGAGGAGAAUCUUCCAUCUUGCAGUCGCCAAGCUCACAUUUCCCAUAGUCGGGUCCAGCUGAUGCACAUCUGUGGUGGAACUCGUGACCCCUUUGGGAAUUCUCCAAGUCAGAAGCCUCGUUAUUGGCUUUUAUGGUUUUUACGGGAAUGAAGAUUAAUCUCACUCUUUAUUGUGAAAUUUAUUUUGUGAAGAACAGUUGUAUUUUUUAGAAAACACACUUGAUUGACUGUGAACUCAUAUAUCCGCCGUGCUGCAUGUAGCUUGAAAUCGGAAAGUCUUAACAGUGGUAGCUGCCUCACUGAUCUCCAACGGUAUGGGAGAGAUGUCUGAACAGUAACCUGGAAUCCUGUCUGUUGCUGCCUGCUGUAUUUAUUUAACCGUCUGUCAGUGAAUACGUCAUUUGUUUAUGUAUAUUACCUUGUGAACCACGUGUAUUUAACCCUUUUCUCCCUUUAUUUACAUGGUCUUAUUGUUUUUGUUUUUUUAAAUGUUCACAAUUUGCAUUCGGAAUGCUCUCUGUUUGUGUCGGCUAAUCAGCUGCCAAACUUACAGUACAACUUCAGUAUGUUUUGCUGUCUCGUUUUGCACAGGCUGUGGUGUUCAAAUAAACACCUUUCACAAAGUGGAGUUAAAAGUUAACGAUCAUAGCAAAAAUCAAAAAAUGUGACUGCGUGUGGAGAGUCUGGUUUGGGCUUCGUGAGGAUGCUGACUUGCCAUAGAUAGAUGGUCUGUCCUUAUAUUACACAGACUUUGCACUAUGGAGCUGGCAGGAUAAAGAGACUCUAAUGUCAGAGCAAGCGAGACAUUUGUGUUAUCACACACUAGAUUAUCUAGAAAAGUAUGCAGUAUAUGUAUGAAAAAGAGCUUAGUCCUAUCUAUUUGCCUUAGACUGCUGAAAUUUUUAUACACACUAACACAGCUUUAUAAUGUCAUUGGGAUUUCUGCUGCAAACUUAAUGUUAAUAUUAAUUGUUAGUGCUUUAUUUUGAAGAGUCUGAGCACUCCACUUGUCUCACAUAUUCUGAACUGGCAUUUUGCCUUUUGUGAUUCAGUCUUGAAGUACAUACUGAGAGCUUUCCAAUUGUGUUUUUAACAUAAAAAGUGAUUAUUUUGAAUUAAGAGUCUGUGUGAGGCUGUAGUCCAGAUGUGGUCAGAGAUGUGUUUACUUAAGCAGCUGGGACAUUGAUAGAUGGCCAUAAUCCAGUUGCUAGUGAAUUCUAAAAAAUUAAAAUAUAAUGAAAAAGAUUUUUGUUUUUUUGUAUUUCUAAAGGGGAAAACAUAUUACACUUAGAGUGACAUUUUAAGCAUUUUUUUUUGUUUUAAUUUUGAUGAGUAUGGCUUGUAGCUCAUGAAAAUCUGAAAUCCAGUCUCCUGAGUUGGCUGACCACUUGCACACAGUAACGGCAGAGUCAGCACACCUUGUUUGGCUCUGUGGGAAGGGGCUGAGUCCUGCUGGAAAAGAAAAUUGGCAUCUCCUUAAAGCUUGUCAGCAGAUGGAAGCAUGCAGAGCACUGGAAAACCCUGGCAGACAUCUGUGUUGAUUUUGGAGUUGAUGUAAAACACAGGGGACAGACCAAAACAGCGGCAGAUAAUACAGCACCCCAAAUCACCACAGACUGCAGAAACUUCACACUGGACUUCAGACACUAUGGAGUCUGCGCUUCUCAGUUCUUCCUCCAAACCUCUAAGACUGUAAUUUGCAAACAAAAUGCAACAUUUGCUUUCGUCUUAAAAGAGAACUUUGGACCGCUGAGCAAAUUCAGUUCUUCAUCUUUAGCCCAGGUAAGACAUUUGUGAUGUCUCUGCUUCAGGAGUGCCUGAAUAUCACUUCCUGAGUCAGCUGUUUUUGACAAUCCUCUCAAUGCUGUGAUUAUCUCUUUUGCACCCUUUCUUGCCACACUAGCAGUCAACUUUUUAAAUCCUGUGAUGCAGCACUCUUGAGAACAGCCAGCCUUUUCAGCAAUGACUUCCUGCGUUCAUGCGCAGUGAUGAUCAUCAUCAUCUAGUCAACUGUCAAGUCAGCAGUCUUCCACAUGAUUGUGGUUGGUGGUAUUGAACUAAACCGUGAG